UCGCAGAUUCGAAUUCCAAUGGGUGCAUUCAAGUUCAACAUUGGUGGUGGUUUCUGAGCUCAAUAGUAGCUGCAGGCAGCUGAGUUGUUCUACCUGAAGGCUGAAGCAUCCCACCUCCCGUUUCAGUUUUCCUAUUGGAGCUCAUGCCAGCAAGAGCAAGUUGCGAUGGCGCAGGCGGUGGUAGGUCUUAGAGGUACAAGCAACCUAUUAAGUUGCAUGCCAUCAGAUUCAGCGGCGCCCUCCAACCCAGGCUGGCCAAUACAGGAGAGCUGUUUGACACGAACCGGUCGAGUCGUUGACAGGGAAAAUGCUAGAUCUUCGUUGCUUCAACUGCCUCUUUUCAGGAGACGAACAUGUUGUUCAAAAAGAAGUAGCUCCCUCCAAUCACUUCCAAGGCCAGCCCACAAGUCUUCUGUACGAUGUCAAAGCACCGCCGAUCCUGCAUCCGAAGUCCAGACGGGCCUUGUAGGGGGCCAACCAGAUAUUCCCCCUCCAGGUUGCAGCCGAGUCAAACUAACUUUGGGGAAACCCUUGGGUAUUGUUUUAGAGGAGGAUAAGGCAGGCAACAUUUUCAUCGCGGAGGUCUUUCCUGAGGGGAAUGCGUUCAAGAGCGGGCUCGUUGAUGUUGGCGAUCAGCUCAUAGCUGUCAGUGCAGUGGUCUAUAAUACCAGCGAACGGUAUGGAGAAGUCGAAGUCCAGAAGGGCCAGGAGAAAGUUCGUCUCAGUGUUCGAGGGGAGAGCUUCAAGACUGUCAUGGCUGCCAUCGGAUCACACCCUGCCUAUAUCAAGGUCGAUUUGGAGAUCCAAAAGUGUGAACCUACAACUUCAAGCGGCCAGAUUGGUUCGUGAAUGGCAGGAACACUUUGCGGACAAUUCGAAUUGAUUCCGGUACUAAGCGUGGCUUGGGGCCAUGCUAGUAACUUGGAAAGUUGCAAUUUCAAUUGCGCAAUGCUACAUGCCGCAUGCUACUGCAAUUCAUUACAAUCGUUUGGUAGGUGGAGCAUAGACUCACGCGCGCAUUUGAAGAAGAAGACAAUAUUAGAGUCACAUACAUGUGUGCAUGGCGGAUCAAGAGGCUUGUGGCCGUCUCAGCUAUGUGGCUGACAAAGAUGAAAAAACACCCG